AUGUCUUCAGACUUGACCUUCACCCAAGGGCUAAUUCUUGGUCAAGUGUCGGUCGCUCUGUUUAUUGCGGCGUUCAUCAAGUUCUUCAUAUUCGGCGAGCCUCCUCCCCCCCCUUCUCGUUCGACGACGCGGACUCCUAAACACGUUCGGACACCCUCUCUCCACAGUGUUGCCUCUUCCAAAACCGCCGUGUCGCAGUCUCUUCGAAACAAAGCCAGCUCGAAUGUCCUCCGCCCGGUGCCCAACAAUGCCACAGACAUUGCCUCGAUCCUGCGUAAGACAUACUAUCAUAUUCCGAAUCGACCACACAAGAACAGUCAUUCUACUCACCAGCCCGAAAGCCUGGACUGGUUCAAUGUCUUACUCGCCCAGACAAUAGCACAAUAUCGACAAACGGCGUACAAUCUCCGGGAAGGCACUGGAAGUACGCCCACGAUAUUGGCUAGCCUGGAAGAAGCAAUCAACAAUCCGGACAAGAGACCUUCAUACAUAGACAAAAUCAAGAUAACAGAAAUUUCCAUGGGAGAAGAGUUCCCGAUUUUCAGCAAUGUUCGAGUGAUCUCAAUUGACGACGAUGGCUCGAGCUCUACAGGUGGGCGGCUACAAGCUUUGAUGGACGUGGAUCUUUCAGAUGACAACCUGACCCUCGCGAUCGAGACGGCACUCAUCCUCAACUACCCCAAACCCUUCUCCGCCGUUUUACCAGUCGCUCUCGCUGUUUCGGUGGUGAGAUUUUCAGGUACUUUGUCCAUCAGUUUCGUCCCCGCGACGCAGGAUGAUCCAGACGAUGGGAAUUCGAAGAAGAAUGGUUCAACGGGAAAGCCCAAGACCAAUCUAGCAUUUUCAUUCCUUCCUGACUAUCGACUCGACCUCUCUGUGAGAAGCUUGAUCGGCUCUCGUACCCGGCUACAAGACGUGCCCAAAAUUGCACAGCUUGUAGAGGCACGAGCUCAGGCUUGGUUCGAGGAAAGAGUCGUAGAGCCUCGCGUACAGGUCGUUCCUCUGCCGGGUUUGUGGCCACGAAUGGGCAAGGUCAGGGUUAGAGAGGGCCAGGACGACGACAGGCCAUCAACUCAGGACGAACAUAGACCUGCUUCUUUCGUCGAGCGAAGAGAUCCGAGGCCUACUGAUGACUUUCCGUCACAAGAAGAAACCGAGAGGAUCUUCGAAGGUCUCAGACGGCGUACAGGCCGUGAUCGAUCGAAUAGCCAAGUUUUCGAGCAUGAUGAAGACAGCGCCGCUCCGCAAUCGGCGCCAACCAUGCCUGGUGCUCUACCGGUGUGA